AUGUCAAUAUUACCAGAAGAAGUACAAGGUGUUUUAACACAAUUAUUGGAGAGCUUGUCAUCCUCAAAUAAUGAGAUUAGAGCUGCUGCUGAAAAGUCACUUGAUAAUGACUGGUCAAUAAAAGCCAAUGUUGAGAUGUUGUUGGUUUUCUUAGCUGAACAAGCCUGUAUGGGUAUAAAUGACACUAUUAGAGCAUUUGCAGCUGUUUUAUUUAGAAGGCUUGCUAUUAAAUCUCCAAAAGAAUUGGCUAGUGUUACGGAUCGGACAAUUGGAGUCAUCAGUGAACCAGUUAGAGCUCAAAUUCGAGCAAUAUUGUUGAAUGGGUUUUCAUCACAGCAAUCAAAUCAAGUCAGACAUAAACUUUCUGAUGCUAUUUCUGAAGUUGCAAAAGAAGAUGCAUCACCUCCAGGUUCUUGGAAUGAACUUCUCCCUACCUUAUUUGAAGCAUCUAGAAACCCAGACCCUAGUUUCCGUGAGUCAGCAUUUAGAGUAUUCUCCACUUCCCCAGAAUUAAUUGAUCAGACAUUAAUAGACGAUAUAUUACCAAUAUUCAACAGUGGAUUCGAAGAUCAGAAUGAUGAAGUCCGUAUUGCAGCCUGUACCGCUUUUGUUGCAUUUUUUAGGGAGCUUCCUAAGAAAAACUGGCAACGCUUAUCACCAUUGUUGCCUAAUUUAUUGAAUUCUUUACCAAGAUUUUUGCAAAAUGGUCAAGAUAAUGCAUUGGCUUUAGUAUUGGAAUCGUUGAUUGAUUUGGUUGAAUUGGCACCCAAGAUGUUCAAAGACAUGUUUCCAACAAUUAUUGAAUUCUGUGCCACGGUAUCUAAACACAAAGAUUUGGAUUCAAAUACUAGAAUGGCCUCCUUAGAAUUGCUUACAACUUUUGCCGAAGUAUCUCCAUCUAUGUGUAAACGAACUACUUCUUAUACCGAGGAAAUGGUACUCAUUACUUUAUCCAUGAUGACAGAAGUUUGCAUUGAUGAUGAUGAUGCUGCAGAAUGGAAUAAUAGCGAUAACACUGAAGAUGACGAUGAGGAACCAGAGCAUGAUGCUGCUAGACAAGCGUUGGACCGUGUUGCUUUGAGAUUGAAUGGACAAGCUUUGGCAGCUCCAUUGUUCCAAUAUAUUCCAGCAAUGAUACAAUCAAGCAAUUGGAGAGAAAGGCAAGCAGCACUUAUGGCGAUUUCGUCGGCUGCAGAAGGAUGUGCUGAUGUCUUGAUGAAUGAAAUUCCAAAAAUUUUGGACAUGAUAUUACCAGCCUUAGAAGAUGAACACCCAAGAGUUCAAUAUGCUUGUUGUAAUGCAUUAGGCCAGAUAUCUACUGAUUUUGCAGAUGUCAUUCAAAGAACUUCCGGGAACAGAAUCUUACCAGCGUUGAUUUCGAAAUUAACAAACAAGUCCGUUCCACGUGUACAAGCCCAUGCUGCUGCUGCAUUAGUCAAUUUUUCUGAGGCUGCAAGUAAAGACGUCUUGGAACCAUAUUUGGACGACUUAUUGAAUAAUUUAUUGGGUUUAUUACAAUCUCCAAAAAGAUAUGUCCAAGAACAAGUAUUAACUACAAUUGCAAUUAUUGCUGAUUCGGCAGAGAAAAUGUUCAUCAAGUAUUAUGAUACUUUAAUGCCAUUACUUACUGAUGUUUUGAAAACCGAUAUGGGUGAAGAAAACAGAUUAUUGAAGGCUAAAUGUAUUGAAUGCUCUACCUUGAUAGCAGUAGCAGUUGGCAAAGAGAAAUUUGCUCCUCAUUGUCAAGAUUUGAUAAAUUUAUUCGGACAUAUUCAGGAAACAGCUGUUCAAGAUGACGAUCCAGUAAAGCAAUAUUUAGAGCAAGCUUGGGGAAGAAUCUGUAGAAUUAUUGGUAAGGACUUCUUACCUUAUUUGCCUUCAGUAUUACCACCUUUGUUGGCUGCUGCGAAAGCAACACAAGAUAUUUCAUUACUAGAAGAAGAGCAAGCUGAGGAAUAUAAUGCUAAUGAAGAAUGGGAUGUUAUUAAUUUAUCAGGAAAAUUAAUCGCUGUACAUACUGCAGCUUUAGAUGAUAAGGUUGCUGCUAUUGAUUUGUUAAGAACUUACGCAAUUCAAUUGAAGGGUGACUUUUUCCCAUGGGUUAAAGAAAUUGUAGAAGAAAUUGCCAUUCCUGGAUUAGAUUUCUAUCUUCAUGACGGUGUCCGUGGUUCUGCUGCAUUAACUCUCGCAUCUUUGCUCAAAUGUUCUGUUGCAGCCACUGGGAACAAUUCUCCAGACACUUUGAUGUUUUGGUCCAAAACUUCCGAAAAGUUGAUUGAAGUCUUGACAAGUGAACCGGUUCCGGAAUUACUUGUCGCAUAUUAUACUUCUUUGGUUGAGUGUAUUAGUGUAUUGAGCCCCAAUUCGCUUUCGUCGAUGCAAUUGGAUUCCUUGGCCAAAUCAAUUAAUUCUAACCUUGUGGAGAUUUACGAGAGAAUCAAAGCUCGUGACACAGAAGAUGAUGAAUACACAGAAGAUGUGGAAGAGGAUGAGGAAGAAUACACCGAUGAAGAGUUACUAGAUGAAAUUAACAAAGCUAUAUCAUCAAUUUUUAAGAAUACAAAAUCCAACUUCCUUCCAGCCUUUCAACUUUUAGCACCAACCAUAGCUACUUUUAUCAACGAUGAAAACACUAAUGUUAAACUUUGUGGCUUGUGUGUAGUCUGUGACAUCUUGGAACACUGUGGGCCAAGUUCGGUGAUCUACAAGGAUAUGUUUAUCAAUGUUGUAUCAGAGUCGAUUACUUCAUCACACGCGGGGAUCCGUCAAGCCAGCUCAUAUGCCGUUGGUGUCGCUGCUGAAUAUGGGGGAGACAAUUACCGCGAGUUUUGUUUGAAAUGUUUGGAACCUAUGUUCAAGAUGGCUUCGGUUCCUGAUGCAAGAGCUGAUGAAAACAUCCAUGCUACUGAGAAUUCGGUGUCUUCUGUUGCCAAAGUGUGCCGUGUCUUCUCCUCAUCAAUACCAAAUUUAAAUGCGAUAAUUGAACAAUGGAUUACAUUACUUCCAAUUGUACAGGAUGAGACGGCUGCUCCAUAUGCUUACAUUUUUUUAAGCGAAUUAAUUGAUAAUCAACACCCCGCUAUUAGGAAUCAAAUUCCAAAAGUGGUUGAUUCGGUAAUUCAAGCCUUGGCGCAUGCAUCAAUAGGUGGUGAGAUAGUUGAAAGGAUAGUUGGUUCAACAAGACUGUUAUUAGGUUCAAUUCCUCAUAGUGAAGCGAUUGCUCUUUUACAAAAGAAUCAUUCAGAUCUUGAUAUUGUUCAAAAAUAUUUUAGUUAG